AUGUGGAAGAAAUCAGUGGAAUUAAUUGUGGGCGUGACUUUAGUAAUGACAUAUGUGUCUAGCGCGGAGCAGGUUAUACUUAAUACGAAGGAGUUCCAAACGUUGUGCGGAUUUGUUAGGUUGACAGAACAAAUAAAUGAGCUACUGGAGCGAAUGAAGGGAAAGCCUGGAGUAGAUGUGUUACCUCUACAAAAAAAAGUCAAAGACAUAUUGUUUGGAACGCGAAUUGGAGAUGUGGGAAAAAUGAAUUGGGGAUAUUAUAGAGAACUGGAUUGUGGCCAAGAUAGUGGAAACCAUCAAACUAAAGGGGGAGAAGCUCUCAUGAAAGAUCUUGUUUGCUUGUGCGAAGGAACGGACCAGCAAUCGCCACCCGGGGGACUUUGUUAUGAGGGAAACACCAAAAAAAAUAGCCGCGGCGGAUGGAAUAAUGCAGGAGCCCACAGAAACACAUGGACCAGUUUGAAAAGUGAAUGUACAAGGGAACAUGGAGAAGGUCUGUUAGCCGAGAGUGAAUUUCAAGAGAUGAAAAAGCAACUCAAAGAGCGGCUAAAGGAGCGUAAAGAUAUUCGUACAAGCGCACGUGAAGGCACGUUUUAUACUUAUGGGGGUAACACAAGCAAUGGAUUGCAGACGUGCAGUGGGGCAAAAUCAGACAACGACGGCAUUUGUGUAAUGUAUCCAAAGGAAUCUGAUGGGGACAACACGAGUGGUAUUGAAUGGCUUAAUGAGCUUGAAGGUCUGGUGAAAGAAGUUGAGAAAAUGAACAAGGAUGAAAGUGCAGGUGGAAACACAAAACCAAGUACGGACGGGCAACCAAGCAUGGAAAAAAAGCCAAAGUCAAAUACAAAGCCAAGCACAGGGGAGAACUCACCAGCUAAGGGGUUAGAAGGAUCACAAAAAGAUGGAAACCCAAAUGCGCAAACAACUACCAGUACUGAGAAAGAUGCCACUACGGCAAGACCACCAGAAGAACAAAAGAGUUCGUCCAAAAUUAUUUUACAAUUUCUAUGGAUAUUUUUAUUUUGGUUGUUUGUAUAA